AAGACCUGCCUCCACACCAGCGCCUGGGCCCCUCAGCAGGGUUCGGCUCCCUUCCGGCGCCCUGGAGCUGGGGAGGCUUGGGGCGCUGGGCUGACGCCUUCCCCCAGGAGGAGGCGUGAGCGGGGCGUGGCCGGAACGUCUCUCCUCGGGGCCGCGCCCUGGGCGGGCACAGUUACGCGCCGCACGGAUCAUGGCCGCAGCCGCUCUGGGGCAGAUCUGGGCACGAAAGCUUCUCUCUGCCCCUUGGCUUCUGUGUGGUCCCAGAAGAUAUGCCUUCUCCAAUUUCAAGGCUGCAGACCUGCAGCUGGAAAUGACACAGAAGCCUCAUAAGAAGCCCAGCCCCGGCGAGCCCCUGGUGUUUGGGAAGACAUUCACCGACCACAUGCUGCUGGUGGAAUGGAAUGACAAGGGCUGGGGCCAGCCCCGAAUCCAGCCCUUCCAGAACCUCACGCUGCACCCAGCCUCCUCCAGCCUCCACUACUCUCUGCAGCUGUUUGAGGGCAUGAAGGCGUUCAAAGGCAAAGACCAGCAGGUGCGCCUCUUCCGUCCCUGGCUCAACAUGGACCGGAUGCUGCGCUCAGCCCUGCGCCUGUGCCUGCCGAGUUUCGACAAGCUGGAGUUGCUGGAGUGCAUCCGCCGGCUCAUCGAGGUGGACAAGGCCUGGGUCCCCGAUGCCGCCGGCACCAGCCUCUAUGUGCGGCCUGUGUUCAUUGGGAACGAGCCCUCGCUGGGUGUCGCCCAGCCCACGAGCGCGCUCCUGUUCGUCAUUCUCUGCCCAGUGGGCGCCUACUUCCCUGGAGGCUCCGUGACCCCGGUCUCCCUCCUGGCGGACCCAACCUUCAUCCGGGCCUGGGUGGGAGGGGUCGGCAACUACAAGUUAGGCGGGUUUCCACCCCUCACACCUGCCCUAGUGCUGGAGCUGGUGACGCCCCCGCUGAACGGUGUCAUCCUUCCUGGAGUGGUCAGACAGAGUCUGCUGGAACUGGCUCAGACCUGGGGUGAGUUCCGGGUGGCGGAGCGCACCAUCACCAUGAAGCAGUUGCUGCGGGCGCUGGAGGAGGGCCGCGUGCGAGAAGUCUUUGGCUCGGGCACCGCUUGCCAGGUCUGCCCAGUGCACCGAAUCCUGUACAAAGACAAGAGCCUCCACAUUCCCACCAUGGAAAACGGGCCUGAGCUGAUCCUCCGCUUCCAGAAGGAGCUGAAGGAGAUCCAGUACGGAGUCAGAGCCCACGAGUGGAUGUUCCCGGUGUGAUGCUGCAGGCUGUGCUCCAUAUCCAUCUCAUCACGCCAGCACUUGCCUCCCUACCAAUGACUCACCUGAAGUGCAAUACUAAAUAAAAGGCCAGCGGGCGGUGUCUGGGUCUCUGGCGCCUCCUAUGUGGUUGCGACACCCCCAAAGCCAUAAGGGCCGACCCAGGCAUCUUGGUCCCCAGCCCGGCGUCUUGGGUUCAGGUCCGCCCCUUGCUCCUUGUCCUGAGGUCAAGGAUACACCUUGGCCCCGACUCCGGAUCUCUCCAUUCUCAGGCCAGACCCCCAGUGUUGCCGUUGAUUUUUUUUUUUCUCUCUCUGUCUUUGCUGCAAUUUUGAAAUAAAAUGCCAAAGAACACACA